AGUACUCAGAUAAAGAGAUCACCCUGAUAUCCUGAAACAUAACCAGCUGGCAUUCAGAGGUGACCUGUUUUAUUAGAAUUCAUUCAGGGGGACCAUGCAGAUUGUUUGAUUCAUCUUGUGGAAACAACAAGUGCUUGAGCUGUGACUGUAGUCUGAGAGUGUGAAAGACUCUUUUGAAAACAUCAGGAACUCGACUCAAUAACCUGUGUGCCUUGAUCUUGUGUAUGGCCAUGCAUUUCUAAUAUCAGGAUCAGCUGUUUUGUCAGAAUUUAUCGUGACUUUUGUGUUAACGGACCUGAAGAGCAUUGUACAAAGACAUUUUCAGGGAAUUCUGACUCUUCUCAUAAGGAACUGGAAAUAACUGUGCUUCUUGAUCCAGUGUUAACAUUAAAUACAUUCUGGAUUUACGACCCACUGAAUUUUUUUUCAGGAAAGUCGACCACCUGGCAGUGACUACCAUAUGUCCUAUAGGCCUAUCGGCAGCAGACUCAACACCUACAGAACGGCUCAGAUGAUGUUGGCCAAACUGCAACACGGUCUCAGGGCUGUCACCUUCACCACCCUGCUACUCGUCUCCGUAGUAACGGUGCCAAUCAGUGUCAUGUUCACCACUCUUCCCUUCCUAUUACUCACCAUCCCAUUCUUUAAGGUACCACUACAAUUCCAGAUGCACAGCAAUGUGCUCAUUCUGUGGGAAACAUUUGUCGUGGGCCUCCUUGAACAUGUUGCCGGCAUCAAAAUCAAGAUAUUUGGCGAUUCGAUUAACACCCACGACAACUGUCUCUACCUGAUGAACCAUCGCACCAGAUUAGACUGGUUGUACUUCUGGGUGCCUUUACUCAGAAUGAAAGCAUUAACUCAUUCAAGAGUAAUCUUAAGAGCAGAUCUAAAAGAGAUACCACCAACAGGUUGGGGUAUGCAAAUGGUCAAUUUCGUCUUCAUCCAUAGAAGAUGGGAGACGGAUAAGGAAAUAUUGAGGAAGACACUAGAUUACUUCAAAAAUAUGCAGAAGCCCACACAGCUUCUCAUCUUCCCAGAAGGAACCUCCCUUUCUAAGGAUAUGAAGGCUCGGAGUGAUAAAUUUGCCAAGAAAAACAACCUCCCAGAAUACAACUAUGUCCUCCAUCCAAGGACGACUGGCUUUACAUAUCUAGUACAACACAUGAAGAACAACAACUCAUUCGAUGCUGUUUAUGACAUCUCCAUUGGCUACCCAGAUAAAACGGUAGAGCACGAACUCCACAUUCUAAAAGGAAUAUUUCCUACAGAAGUCCAUUACCACUUCAAACGUUACGCAGCACAGGAUUUACCAAGUGACUCAGAAGGCUUGGAAACCUGGUGCCAGAAACGCUGGCAGGAAAAGGAAAAACAGUUAGAAUCUUUCUACAAAACUAAACAAUUUGAUGGACCGCUAGCUGCAUGUCGAGACUCGAAGUAUCUCUCCUUCCUUGCGCUAUUGGCCGAAAUCUUGCUAAACGGUAGCUGGAUAUGGCUUAUGUGUUGGAGCCAACUUGUGUUUUGGUAUACCACGCUAUGUGUAGUUUUGAUGAUAAUAAUCUACAUUUAUGCACGGAGAUGCCAUGGUGGCCUGGACUUCAUGUUGAUAGACUUUUAUAAUUGCUUUUAUAACGAUCGAUUCAAGACAGAAUAGGACUCACACUUCACAUGUAUAUCACUGCAACCCUGCCAGAGGACUCAUUCUUUAUAUCACUGCAUGUUUGUAUACUUACAUGUAUGUAAUUAGUAUGCAAUAGUUCUUAAGCCUCACAAAUCCAACUCCUUUUCGGAUAGAAUAUAUAUUUGUAUUUCUGCGUAUCAUCACCCCACCGCCAACACAAUCAUGAUCCCAGCUUUCAUCCUCCUUUCAAACUAUAACUUAUAUUGUGACACCGUCUCAAAUUUGUGACAAAGAAAAAGAAUACACUUAC